GCUGAACAGUGGUACCUCCAUGGAUGGUAUCGAUUGUGCUCUUUGCAGAUUUCGACAGGAAACACCAACCUCGCCCAUGCAUUUCGAGCUUCUCAAGUAUGGCGAGAUUCCUCUGGAACAAACGAUCAAAAGGCGAGUCAUGAAAAUGAUCCUCCACAACACGACUACGCCUGAAGAGCUAAGCGAAGUGAACGUUUUGCUGGGGGAGACUUUUGCAUCUGCUGUCAAGCAGUUCGCGGAAGAGAACGGUGUUCAGUUAACCGACAUUGACGCAUUGGGAUCUCACGGGCAAACAAUUUGGCUCCUUUCCAUGCCCGAAGAAGGUCAAGUGAAAUCUGCCCUGACCAUGGCAGAAGGUUCAAUACUCGCUGCACGGACUGGCAUCACCUCUGUUACGGAUUUCCGGAUAUCAGAUCAAGCAGCUGGUCGUCAAGGUGCUCCUCUCAUAGCCUUCUUCGAUGCUCUCGUUCUCCAUCAUCCCACAAAAUUGCGUGCUUGCCAAAACAUUGGCGGUAUUGCAAAUGUCUGCUUCAUACCGCCGGAUAGCGAGGGUGGUGUUGACGAAUGCUUCGAUUUCGAUACUGGGCCCGGUAAUGUUUUUAUCGACGCUGUUGUUCGUCACUACACAAAUGGGGAGCAAGAGUAUGACAAAGACGGGGCUAUGGGCAAGAGAGGUCGUGUUGAUCAGGAGCUUGUCGAUGGCUUCUUGGCACACAAAUACUUCAAAUUGGAACCUCCAAAAACUACAGGCCGUGAAGUCUUUCGAGACACUCUUGCAUUCGAGUUUAUCAAGAGGGCAGAAGAAAGAGGACUGAGCCCCGAUGACGUUGUGGCAAGCAUCACCAGAGUGACUGCACAAGCAAUCGUUGAACACUACAAGAAGUACGCACCUUCUCAGGACAUCGACGAGAUCUUCAUGUGUGGUGGAGGGGCCUACAACCCAAACAUCUCAGCCUUCAUUCAAAAGAGCUACCCAAAGACGAAAAUAAUGAUGCUUGAUGAGGCGGGAAUUCCUGGGGGGGCAAAGGAGGCCAUCACUUUCGCGUGGCAAGGUAUGGAGGCUAUUGUUGGCCGAUCAAUUCCUGUCCCCACAAGAGUUGAGACGCGAGCUGAAUUUGUACUCGGUAAAGUCUCUCCGGGGAAGAACUAUAGGGAGGUUAUGAGAAAAGGGAUGAUGUUUGGAGGUAGUGCGGAUCAUCUUGCUCCCGUGAAGGAGCUUUUGAACUAUGUUGAUGGAAAGGUUUUUGAUAACAAAUGGUAGUCGCAGCAAAAUGUUUGAUGGAAAGUGAAGGCGUUGCUAAUCUUUUUGCUCUUAUGUUUGUGUGGAGACCCGCGUUUAGGUUAUACUCACUCCAUAUUUGUUAUUUGCUCUGAUUGCG